AGCAUUGGCUGGCGAGCUCGAACCGUGGCGCGCGCACCGUUGGCCCGAAUCAGAGACCCCCCACUCCACCAGCAACCGUGACAGCUGUCAGUUCUGUUUUCCACCCAACCGUAGGUGGCUUUUCCCGAGGGCCCGAGCCGAUCAUGUGGCGCAGGUUGGUGUGUGGUGAAAAAUCACCACCCUCUAUGUGUGCUCGAAAAGUGAAACAAGUGAAAAGUGAAUAGUAAUUGAGGCGCACUCACACAUACACAGGGCUUAUCACUGUGGCCGUGCACUGUGUGUCUGUUCGCUCGUCUCGCCUCCGCUUCAAUUUAGUGCCCGAUCGUGAGGAUCGCGAAAGUGCCACCAAGUGCGGCGGGAAGGGUGGGGGGAGAGUGUUUGCGCGCGCGCACCCGCGUGUAUGUGUGCGUCACACGCAGUGAAAAAGUGAAUGUAAAAGUGAAAUAAUAACUCUGCAGCGCGUAAACUCCGUCGGAUCCGCUGGGUGAAGAGGCGGACAUUCCAAUCGGGUGGCCGCUUUAUUGGAUGGGAAUUGGGACCCGAUCUGUGUGAACAUCUGUUUUUGACCAGCGCUCCGACACUGCCAGCGUCGUCAAGAUGAGCGCCAUGAGCAGCUGGAUACUGUUCGCGUGCGCGCUGGUCGUGGUGUGGCCGGGCGAGGUGCGCACCCAAUCGAACUACGCCUCGCAAGCGAACAGCAUCGAGUACCAGGGUGAAGGACUUCCGGAGGAGGCGACCCUCGACGGCAAGGUUACGAAGCUGGACGAUCUGAGCCCGAUCAUCUUCCUGAACCGCACGAAGGCUGCCCUGAACUGUGCCGCCGGCUUCAUGCAAGUGGAGCUCAAGUUCAACGACCCGUUCUACGGGAUCGCGUACGCCGACUACGAUCGGAACAGUGCCUGUCAGACGACCGGCAAGGGUGACCUGAGCUACCGGAUCGACCUCCCGCUGAAGGGCUGCGGAACGAAGCAGGGACCCCAGCGUGUGUUCACCAACAACAUCGUGGUCCGGUUCCACCCGGGCCUGGAGAUGGACGGUGACGAGAUCAUCACGAUCGUCUGCCGCUAUCCGCCGCCCGUCGCACCCAUCCCCGCCGGCCUGCCAGCCCCUAUCAUCAACGAAGCGGCCGUCCUGGAACCACCCCUGAAGGGCAUCCAGAUCCUGUUCAUCAUUUGCGCCAUCAUGUUCCUGACGUUGCUCCUGCUGGGACUCGGCGUGUCGUACUACUGCCUGCGUCGCCGCCCGAUCCCCGUCGUCCGCCGAGUGGUCCACGUAGGCAGCGGCUCGGAGAUCACCGCCCUCGAGAGUGGCAGCAUAGGAAGCGUGUCCGGAUUCAAGGUGGCCCGGCCGGUCGUGUCGAUGCAGCAGAUCCAGAGCUCGUCGGGCAGCGAGGGCGCCCUCAUCCCGUCCGACUACCCGUCGGAGUCGCAGUCCGAGAACGAGGAGGGCCUGGAGACGGGCUCGCUGCCGGUGAGCUCGCGCGGCAGCAGCAGCGCCUACGAGAACGGGGCCUACGUGCAAGACGGGCUCAGCCUGGCCUCGGCCUCGGAGCACCUGCACGAGCUGCACCUGGCCACCGUCGCGGGCGCUGUCGCCGCCGCGCCCAUGCCGCCGUCGCCCAAGUUCGACAUCCAGGUGCGCGUCAAGCGCUCGCCGCCGCCCGUCUCGCCCCUGCACUCCUCCCUGACCGGCUCGUCGGCGUCCGACACCGAGAGCAACAGCAGCACCCUCGUCAGCGCCCACGCCCACAACCUGUCCACGAUCCUGGAGACGCAGGAGGACCGCGACAGCGUGCUGACCGUCGAGUCGGCGGCGGCCGUCGACGGCCGCGAGCCGCUGCCGCGCCAGUCCCAGUUUACUUACAUUCCCGAACUGCACACGGCACCCGCCCACCUUCGCCACCUCGACUACACACCCAGCCCACCGCCACCGCCGCCGCCGCCCGCACCACUGUCGUCGUCGGCGCACCAUAACACGAUGGUAACGACCGUGACAAACCGCCGCUGGUCGGAGGUCCCGGAUGGGCCGCGCCACGACGCACACUCGCUGACCGAGCUCGUCGACGCGUCGCACCUUUACCAGUUGACCGGCGCCAACGUUACUAGCAUCACCAAGGGCCACGACACUUUGGGGCGCGUCGCCACGCAGCAGCUGUUGCCGGAGCCGCCGAUCAGUGUGUACAAAAAGCCUGAACUCAAGUCUCACGUUGUAGAUGACCUGUUCCUCACGACCGUCACCGAGCGGACGACGAUCGAGGACAUCGAGCGGCACAAGCGGCUGGUGACGGAGUACAAGCCGCGCCCGGUGCCGCCGCCCGUCGACCCGACCUGGGACGUCACGAUCCGCAACUACCAGGACCAGGCGCAGCGCCAGUGGGAGGACUUCUCGGACGUGUCGAGCGCUUCCGGCGCGCCCUCGGUGCGCAGCCUGGAGCCCUCGAGCAUGCCGGUGCCGUCUUCCACCUAUCUGCCCAGUGCGUACGCCGCGGAUGAGCUGCGUAGCCCGGAACUGGUGGGCAACAUGAAGCCGGUGGACCUGCCGCCCGAGGAUCGCUCCGUUUCGAACUGGGACGUGCUGAUCCGGGUGCUUCAGGAUGUGGACAUGCCGGACACGUCGGUUUCGACUGCGGCCCUGCACACCGACCUGCACCGCUACCCGCUCCAGCGCCAGCUGAGCUACGACGACAAGAUCAAGUGGAAGGAGAUCAUCACCACCGAGUCGACUCUACGCACCAUGCUGUCGGAGGCGACGGUUCGGGAGGAUUUCGAGCGCAUCCGGUCGGAUGCCCGGUACGAGAACCUGUUCGAGCCGCGCUCCUGGGACGUGAUCAUUCGCAUCCUGGCCCCGCCGGAGGAUGUCGAGCUGCGGCAGUCGAAGCGCAGCAAGAAGCGCGAAACUUGGGACACCCGUUCGCGCCGCAGCUCCCUACCGACGUUGUACGAGUACGACAGCGACGGGGACUCGUCGGUGCGCACGAUCACCCAGGAACCGCAGCUGGUAGCGGCGACCACGCACGGCUACGGCCACCCGGCCAGCUCACUGGCCAGUGGGUCCCGAUCCCGGCGCACGUCGCGUUCGUCCUACAACUCGAACAACAUCGAUCUCCGCUCGAUGUCGGAGGUAAUCGUGGACUUUGGCCGGAUGGCCGGCAGCGGCCCGAACGGAGGAUCAUCGGGCCGUGGCGGAAGCGGCGAGCCGUCCGAGGAGGGUAGCUCGUACAUUGUGGCCCACGGCAAGGGCUACUUCGACGAUGACGACGACGACGAGGAGGAACGGUACGAUCAGCGGUCCUUGCAGCGCUCGCUCAGCCACCCGAGCUUGGCGCGAUCGGCCAGCGAGUUCACCGAGCGGUGGAUCAUCCCCGAAGAUCUGGACCUCCGGCAGGACUCCGAACCGAACAACUCGGUUUACGGAUCGGCCACGAUGGAGGACACGAGAACGACCUACAUCAAGCAGAGCCGCACCACGGUCAGCCGCGAACGGCGCGACAACUGGUAGUCGGCGGCGCUGCGGGGGGAACAAAUCUCAUGUGCCAAGCCAAGCUGCUGCCCACUUCUCGCCAACCAUGCUGCUACUACUGCUACUACUAACCACUGCUACGCGGGAUUCGGAUUGCUGGAUGGAAGGGGCCAGCAAGACUACGGACCUACGACCCUGUCAGCUUCACAGCGCAGGAUGUACGGUCUUAACGGGACCUUAACGAUUUGGGACGGUGACGGAAGACCGAACACGAAAUACGAAAUAAGCUUACAGAAAUGCUAUAGGGCGCGAUAGUAGGGAUCAUUUAGGGAUAUUAAGGCGCUUUUAAUCCGCAGCGUACUCCACGAUAAUGCGUUCAUUUUUACCCAGUUUUGUGUUUUAACUUUUAACUCGAUUUACUAGCCAAUAACAGGCGGAUGCGAACGGCGCACCGAACCGCAUUAACGCUUUAGUUUUAAUCAGCGAGUGAGUGACAUUCCUGUGAUAAAUGAAUGAAAUUCGAAGCGGCAGUCGACAGGAAUCGAACGGGAGCCACGAACACCAGGAGCACGAGAUUAUCGAAUCACCGAACCGGCAGAGUGGUGCCGGAUCACGCACUAGUUUUAAGGCCGCUUCCAACGAGCACCGCAUGACGGAAAUAUCGGUUCACUGCCGAUCGGAUACUCCUCCGGGGACUCUACUCCUUGUUGUGCACACGGCACAGCAAACAAACACUGGUGGUGGGCAACACAAAUGGGAUACGAUCUUAUGCUUCGAACGAGAACUUUACCGCAAACGGAAGUAGUGGGAGCACAUCCCGAAAAUACUACGAAUAAACUAACCGUCUUUU